GUGGAGAAAUCAGCCCGAAGAGUUAGUGAGCGAUCAGCAACGGGAAAUGACAAUUGACCGCCCGCAUCAUCAUUGUCCCCUCGUCUUCUGAUUUCUGUGGCUCCCGCCCCCCUGCUAACUGUACCAAAGAUGGACAACACAGACACAAGACAGUCGCCAGAACCCCAGGUUCCUAGUGAAUCCAAAGAUGAAACGCCGCCCAACACCAAAGAUGAUGUAGCCUCCCUGGCUGAUCGGCUCUCCUUGCACAGCAUCCCCAGUAUAGACCGCAGUGAUGGGGCUGCUAGUCCUGAUGCUUCUGCAAAUGCGCCUAACUUAGCACAUACACCACCAAACUCACCAAAAAGUCCCAUUCUUUCUCACACCCCUCCUCCAGAAUCUUCUGCCAAUCCUUCUCCAUGUCCAGGAUCCACCUCGUCUCCCAAGCCUUCAAUAGAUGCUAUGGGCUCCAGUCAGAGUCAGAGCGAACCUCCUUCCCCAGCGUUGUCAAGCCAGCACUCCGGUCAGGAUGACUCCCGUGAUACAGAUGAUCCUCCUCCUCCUCCUGCACCGCCUCCACCCAGCUCUGAUGCUGCUCUGCAUGCUGCUUAUGGAAGCAGUCCUCCUUCAAUGUCUGGAAUGUAUAGUGGUAUAGGGUGCUUGUACAGUGGCAGUCACCCUUCAUCAGGCAUCUAUAGUGGCUCUGCUUCUCUUGGGAGUAUAUAUGGCAGUACUGGGCCACCACCAGUCCCUCCUCCACCCCACGAAGAAAGUGGUGCCGUCGGGGGAAUCCAUCACCGCAGAGAGCACUCCCUUAACUCUAUACACUCCUUACAUUCAGUAAACUCGUUUAAGGAGUUCUAUGACAAGUCAACACUCAACCAGUUCAUCUCCACUUCUCCCAAACUUUCUAAUAGAGAGAUGGAGAUGAAUCGAAUGUCUGGUUUGUAUGGAAGCAUUGCCAGCACCGCCGACUACUCUGGCUUGACAGAGAUGUUUACUGAUCCCGUUGAGGAAGAGGGCGGGGAGCGGGUGGUGUGGGAGUUCCACAACGUGACGCUGACCAGAGUACCAGGCUAUGGCUUCGGCAUCGCCGUCAGCGGCGGGCGCGACAACCCACACUUCACCAACGGCGACCCCUCCAUCGCCAUCUCCGACGUGCUCAAGGCUGGACCUGCAGAGGGCAAGCUGCAAAUUAACGAUCGACUUAUCUCGGCUAAUGGGAUCAGCUUAGAAAAUGUUGACUAUGCGCGAGCCGUUCAGGUGCUUCGGGACUCUGGAGCUGCUGUUCAACUGGUGGUUAAACGAAGAAUUGUCCUCCCUGCGGCACCAGAGGCUCAGACAAUUAAAGUUACUUUAACGAAAAAUAAGAAAAAGGAUGAUUAUGGCAUAGUCCUGGGUUGUCGCAUAUACGUGAAAGAGAUUACCAAUAAAGCUUCAGUAGAAAAAGAAGGCAACCUAAAAGAAGGCGAUAUCUUGUUACGCAUCAACUCGAACUCGACCGACAACCUUACCCUGAAAGAAGCCAAAAAAUUGUUAGAUAGUACGAAGGAAAGACUAAGUCUCGUUGUCCGGAGAGACCCACCACCCUCGGUUUUUGCACCUCCAGAUCUCACGGUGAAAGAUAUCCGUAACCCAGAAUACAGCGACACUCGGCCUAACUACUCCACCCAAAAUUUGUACGUCCAGCCUCCAACGCGUUCAGAACUUCAACGAGGUCUUUAUGGUCCAGACACUCCCGAUGCCAAGAACAACCUCAUGAGGUCUGGGUAUAACCCUGGGGUGGGCAUGUCAUCUGGGGAAGCUCCCUAUGGUCUAGAUGACCAGGGUUCCCCCCAGGAUGAUGCUCCUCCCCCACGCCCUCCCCUUCCCCGUCCCGAGGAUUACUACACCCGCCAUGCACCUAAGGAAGGCCAAAACUCACCAUCAAAGGGCCCCAGCCCCCCGGUACCAGACCCACGUUUUGUGAGCUUCAAGAAGGAGGGGAGUGUGGGUAUUCGACUCACAGGCGGCAACGAGGUGGGAAUUUUCGUGACGGCAGUGCAGCCCGGGUCCCAAGCUCAGCUCCAAGGGCUUAUACCAGGCGAUAAAAUACUGAAGGUUAACGACAUGGACAUGGCAGGCGUGACGAGAGAGGAGGCAGUUCUUUACCUAAUGAGUCUUCAGAAUCAGAUCGAUCUUAUUGUACAGACACGUAGACAUGAUUAUGAGUGCAUCCUGAACAGCCAGAAGGGAGACCUGUUUUACAUUAAGACACACUUCCACUAUGAGCCCAAUGGGAAAUCCGAGUUAAGCUUCCGUUCAGGAGACAUCUUUAGAGUGGUGGAUACACUACAUAAUGGUGUUGUGGGGGCAUGGCAGGUUCACAGAAUUGGUCGCAACAACCAAGAUACCCAGAAAGGUAUUAUUCCUAACAAGGCUAGGGCAGAAGAACUGGCCACAGCUCAGUUUAAUGCAGCAAAGAAAGAGCAGACACAGUCAGAAUCACGGAGUGGGUUUUUCAAGAGACGGAGAAAUUCACGAAGAUCCAAGUCUCUAGGAAAGGACCACUGGGAGGAUGUGGUGUUUGCCGAUUCAGUGUCCAAAUUUCCAGCCUAUGAGAGAGUUGCUCUACGACAUCCAGGUUUUGUGAGACCUAUUGUCUUGUUUGGUCCCCUAGCCGACAUUUCACGGGAAAAAUUACUCAAGGAAAAUCCGGACAAGUUUGCUUCUCCACGAAUAUACAUGCGACUCACUAUGCCAAUUCCGUGUUACGGGGGGUAUCCAUACCCCUCACUUCGGGAAUUGGAUAGCAGUGGGGAAAAGCCGUCAGGAAUAAUUCGUCUAAGUGCGAUCCGGGAAAUUAUGGACCGGGGUAAACAUGCAGUCCUAGACAUUACGCCAAAUGCUGUAGAUCGACUCAAUUAUGCCCAGUUUUAUCCAGUUGUUAUUUUCUUGAGGGCAGAAUCAAAACAGAUUGUGAAAGAACUUCGUAGUGGGUUUCCAAAGGGCAGGAUGAGCAGUAAAAAACUGUUUGAUCAAAGUGUUAAACUGGAGAAGUUGUGGUCACACAUCUUCACUGCCACAAUCAGUCUCACACAGCCUGAAGCGUGGUUCCGUAAAGUUCGAGAGAUUGUUGACAAACAGCAGACGUGUCCCAUCUGGAUGUCAGAAACAAAGCCCACUGAGGCACUGUCUGAUGACUUCCUUUUCCCCAUGACCUCGCGCCUAUCCUAUGCUUCAUCUCCCGAGUCUGACCUAGAGACUGGCCCCGAGUCCCGUACUCCUUCAAAAUCUCCCCACCGGCCCCCUCCCUCCCACAAUCCAUACUCAGAUUCUCGAGAGCAUAGAGGUCGCUUGGUCAAAAGUUCAUCAGAUCCCAGUUUAGCAGCACCAGAGGAAACGGAACCUAAUUCAUAUGGAGGACCACCACCAUACACAGCCAGCCCAACAAGACUUCAACCUGGACCCAAUGAUGCCUACGAUGACCGCAGAAAGUCUCAUGGUGGUGACAGCAAGUAUGGUUUUGCCAGUGGUGGCUCCUAUGGCUCCGACCUGUACUCGUCCCGCCCGCCUGCUAGCAUGCAAGGCAGCAGCACGGGUGGUGGGGGAGGAGGCAUGGGCUCCAUACAUGGCUCACCAUACUCGUCUGUACCCCCACCUGGGUACAGUGGCCGGCCUCCUCAGCAGACUUUACCCCCACCUAUGCACUCGCCUCACCACCGCCGUUCCCCAAAUGCCCCCUCUGGCCGAGGACACCCCCAGGCGGGAUUCUCCCCACAAGGGCCAGGAGGAAAUAUGGCCCAACCACCCCCUUACCUCAAUGGUCAUACUAACGAGGCAGGGCCAGAAGUUCCCCCAAAAGUAGACCGUACCAGCAAACCUGGCAGGGUGAGGUCCGGUCAGGAUUUUGGGUCUGGGAAGGAGUUGGAGUAUGAUGGCAACUACAUGAACACAGGACGUGGCAACAGUGUAGACCCUCAGCACAAGAGUCCCUACGACAUGAUGAAUCCGUCAUUAGGUCCCAAUGCUCACGAUGAUCUCAAAAGCAAAUUGCAUCCACGGUCACCUCACGAGCCAUACCGAUACUCAAGGUCGUCCUCACAACCACCUACCUACCGCUCAGAUGAUCCUUACAGAUCAUCAGACUAUAAACCACUACCUCCACCAAAGAGUAGUAACUACAAACCUGUUCCACCGCCCAAACCCAAAAAUUACAAGCCUCAAGCCCCAGGCAGUAUUCCCACCAAUAUGGAAGGAGGAGUUGGAGCCUGGGAAAUGUACAUGGACGGACGGAAAGCUUAUGACCGAGGGACUUAUCAUACCACCAGUAAUGGAGGACUCAGUGAUGACUACAGUGGCCUUGAUAGUGGACAAGGAAGUAGCCUAGAUAGAAAAUAUGAUACUUUUGGCAGAUCUUCAUAUAAUAAGGUGACAUCCUCAGCAUCGGGCAGAAGCGGAUAUUACCUCAAUGUGCCUCCUCCCAGAGACAUGGCUCCUGGAAGUAGCCAGCAUGGAGGAGGAGGGGGACCUGGUGGUAGGGACCUGCCCAAUCAUGACCAUAGAGGAAGUGCAUUUGAGCUAUACAAAAAACCCCCCGACCCCCGUGGUCCACCUGGAAGCCAUCCUGCCUUACCCGUGUAUACAGAUCAUGGAAACAGCAGGCGGUCGGUGGCAGAGGAAGGCAAACAUAAGGUGAUAGCCACGGCACGAGGGGUGUAUGAUCACAAGGGGGGCACACUCACCUCUGAGGAAACAGGCGUGUCCAUAGUCAUUCCCCCAGGGGCCAUAACCAAGGGCACGAAACAGGAGGUUUACUUCAAGGUGUGCCAAGACAACUCGCUGGUCCCUCCGCUCGACCAGAACAGAGGUGAGACCCUUCUUAGUCCUCUAGUGAUGUGUGGUCCCCAUGGGUUGCAGUUUGCACGACCAGUAGAACUGCGACUUCCUCAUGCAGCCUCUGUAUCUCCUAAUACUUGGAGUUUUGCCCUCAAGUCCUCAGAUACACCCACAGGCCAGCCAGCACAGUGGACCAACAUGUCUCUGGCCGAUGCACCGCACACCUCUCACAUAGGUGCCAACUGCGUGUCUGUUUUAGUCGAUCACUUCUGAAGAUGCAUUUAUAUUUAGCUCUGUUGAAUGCCAUUGUUUUAGUGAAUUUUUGAAGAUGAAAUUUGUGGUUAGCCACUUUACAACCUACCACAUGGUUAAUACAUUUUAAAAAAUAACUUGACAGCCUCUGUGUUAAGUCAUAUCUGAAAACAUGUGUUAAUUGAACUAUAUAAAUUAUUUUCUGAAUUCCCUUGAAUGCUCUGAAAAGCAACUCUCCCUCACUCACACUUGCUAUGAAUACUUUUACGGGAUGUGCUCUUGCAGUGUUACUUACGAAUAUCAACAAGUGAAUGGUGACAAGCAACAAGAAAAUGUUCCACAGCCAAAAAGGUUCUUUCCUGUGAGAAGUCAUCCAAUGAACUCUCUUGUGUGUUCUAUGUACAAGUCUUACAAAUUUUCUUUGUCAUUUGACAAACUUGCAUAAUGGAAAAAAAAUAGUGUGGAAAGUUGGAUGGUUGGGCAAAAGUGGCGUCUUUAUGCGAGAAGAGAUUUUAUGCCGUUCUUAGUGUAGAAGUAUGGAUGUUGGAACAUUAUUAUAUCAAAAUAUUUUUGCAUCACAUGAAUCAUGGAGUAAUUAUGAAAAAGUGUUGUAUAGCCCAAGUUUGCCUUUCAGAUAUUUAUUGUUUCUACACACUUCUGAAAUGCAUGUUUUUUUUUUUUUUAGUUUUUUUUUAUAAUUUCUUUCCUUUGAUGCCGUUCAAUUAUUGAUUGUGAAAUUUAAAACUACAGGUUGUUUACCCAAUAGAUGUUUUAAUUGUUGUAAACCCAUGGUUGUUUUUUGUAUUCAUGUCAUGGGUAGGGACUAAAUAAAUUUAAAAGUUUUGUGGUUUGUGAGGAAUAUUUUUCUUUUUCAUAUUCACGAGAAUCAUUGCUGUGUCUCAUCCACUGAAGAAAAGACACUUCUAUUAGACCCAUAGCAAAUGAAGCAUUUUAUGCUAGGAAAUAUUAGAUAAAUUACUUAAUUUUAGAGCUAAACAUUGCUUGUGUAAGGAAGCUUCCACGCUCAGGCUCUGCUGUAGUGGGACACUGAAGUCUUUAAAUAAUAAUAAUCAAUGCUGAAAUCAUGUUUAUGCUCAAAUGUUCAUACUGAUAAUUAGUCGUGUAUUUGACGAGCCAGAUAAAGGGGGGGGGGGGAUGGGAAGGAAAUGGUAAAUACCAUUACCUGUGCUGGAUCUUGACCAAUCUACUUGCCUGUUGAUUUUCCCCGAGAAGUAACAUUCUCAGUCUCCGAAAUAGAUACUCUAAAGAUGAUUUUUGGUUUGUGAUUUUAACAUUUGUGUCUAUAUAUAAAAGGGACUUUUAGUCAUAUGCUUUGAUGCACAAGUCUGUUUUUCCACCAGCGUUUACUUCAUGUACAGUUAUGUAAUACUGAACUGGAAGCAGUUCUUAAGGUGUAGAAACUAAAAGCACAAUGUAACUGUCAGUAUUGAAUUCUCAAUUGCAUUAAAAAGUGCCUUCUCUAUUACAAUGUGUAUUAAAUUCAAAGAUCUAAAUUGCAACCUUCUCACUUGCAAUUAAAUUCUAAAAGAAUUUUGUUAUUAAAGCAUCUUUGCUAAUUUGUACAUAAAAUUAUUAUUGUACAGUACUUUAUUUCCUUCAUCUUCUGCUGCAUAGAAUUUACCAUCUGUGGGCAUCUAGGGUUACGAAAAGUUCAGCAGUGCGACGAGAAGUUGUGGUCAGUUGUUGCUGAAGGUCCAAUGUUUUGUGAGCCUUGUGUGCAUGCAGUUUGGACUCUCUCUGGCUGAGAGGGUACAGCAGAACCAUGGAGCAAAUUACCUGUUGUGUCAGUAUUGUUAUCCAGUCAUUAAAUGUUGUCCUCGCUCGUUCAGCCUGUUAGUCUGUUGGUCCGUUUCAAGUUGACUAGUCUAAAUUACAACAUUUCAGGUUAAGGAUUUUAAAGUUAUGUUAUCAUUCAAACAACGAACCAUAUGAUUUGUGUACAUAUGAACAAUUAUUGUGUUUCAAUAGUAAUAUUCCUGUACAAUACAAAAAUUUGUAACCUAUAGAAGAGUGUUAAAUAAAAUGGAAUUAUUUCUU